ACCAGGUACGCAACGCGUGUGGUCCGGGGAGUGAAAUUGAAGGGUGCCGGGUCCAAAUCCUGUGCAGCAGAGACCACGUUGUCAUCGUUGCAGCCUCGCACCUGCACCUGCAGCUGCACCCACGUUCCUUUCGAACUACGAAAAGCAACAACCUUGCUUCUCUUCGGUGCAUUCUGCGUUCCAUGGAGGACUCUUACACCGGUCUCCCAACUAGUCACUUGCUCGGUUCAGUUCCUGCUGCCACAAAUGAUGAAAAUAAUACUGCAAAACAAGAGGCUACUGAUGCAAAUAUGCAAACAUUCCCUCCCAACCAUGCAGGAGACAGAGGACGAGGAUAUCAUACGCUUGACAAUCCACCUGAAACUUUUGAACAACAGUCAGCAAACAAUUGGAGGGGAGUCUUUAGUGUCUCAUCCUACACACAGUAUUUCAAUGUAGAUACAGAUGUUGUCAUAUUCAGAUUGAUAAGUUCGUUUAAUCCAUACGGUGGAGACUUUUUCAGCAAGAUAGAUGCUAACCCUGAUUUAUAUGGCCUUAUAUGGGUCUCAACAACAUUGGUUUUUGUACUUGCCGCACUUGGGAAUCUUGCUACAUACCUUAUGCAAAAACAUACAGGUACCAGUACAUCAUGGAGCUUUGAUGUUGGCUAUAUGAAUGUGGCUGCAUGUGCAAUCUAUGGCUAUGCAAUAGUGGUCCCUCUCGCAUACUACUUCUUCCUUCAGUAUAUGGGUUCCAAUGCUAGCCUCAUUAGGUUCUGGUGCAUGUGGGGAUAUUCCCUCUCCAUUUUCAUAAUAUCCUCUUUUCUGUUGUUGAUUCCGGUUGAGGCUCUUCGGUGGCUUAUAAUAAUCCUUACUGGUAUAGCCUCGGCUAGCUUUGUUGCCUUAAACUUGAAGUCUUGCAUAGAAGGCAAUGAACUUUCAGUGGCUAUUGUUGCCGCAUUUUUCUUGCAAAUAGCUUUGGCAGUCUUCAUCAAGGUUUGGUUCUUUGCAUAGUUAUUGCUGGUGCACACCAUUGGCUUGGUUUAUGCGAGCAGAAUUGUCUCUAGAAGAACUGGUUUGCGUUUUUCGGAUUUACUAGUCGAGAAGGAUCAGAGGUUGUAGCAUUUGUGUAAUGUUUGAACAGCUUGUGUUUCUAUGUAAAUAUACUAUAUCAGCUUAAUCUUUUCUUCUCUCUUUUUUCUGGAGGAGAUUUAAUCUUGUAGUUCUUUUGCUCAAAGCCAAGUUAUCUCCGUUUUGAAGAUGAUAUUGUAAUGUCCCAGUUCUCUCAUGACACGGUUGAUUUUCCCAGUUGAAGAUGUAAUGAGUAUUUUAACAUUUACGCCUAAUUUAUUACAUUCUCCCUUCUGUUA